CUAGCCGCUCGCCGCCGCCGCCACCGCCGCCGCCACCGCCACCACCUCGGAGCCCCGCACCUGGCCGCCGCCUCGGAGCUCAGCUCGGCCUGCGCCCGCGCGCACCGCCGCAGUCAUGGGGCUGCAGCCCCUGGAGUUCAGCGACUGCUACCUCGACAGCCCGUGGUUCCGGGAGAGGAUCCGCGCGCACGAAGCGGAGCUCGAGAGGACCAACAAGUUUAUCAAAGAGCUCAUCAAAGACGGCAAGAACCUCAUCUCUGCCACCAAAAGUCUGUCAGCUGCCCAGCGGAAGUUUGCACACUCUCUCAGAGACUUCAAGUUUGAGUUUAUCGGAGAUGCUGAGACUGAUGAUGAGCGGUGCAUAGAUGCCUCCUUACGGGAAUUUUCUAACUUUCUGAAGAAUCUGGAAGAACAGAGAGAAAUCAUGGCAUUAAGUGUGACUGAAACCCUGAUUAAACCCUUGGAGAAAUUCAGAAAAGAGCAACUUGGAGCUGUAAAGGAAGAAAAAAAGAAGUUUGACAAAGAGACGGAAAAGAACUACAGUCUGAUCGAUAAGCACUUGGCUCUGUCUGCCAGGAAGAAGGACUCACACUUGCAGGAGGCCGAUCUCCAAGUGGAGCAGAACCGGCAGCACUUCUAUGAGCUCUCGCUUGAAUAUGUGUGCAAGCUCCAGGAAAUCCAAGAAAGAAAGAAGUUUGAGUUUGUGGAACCUAUGCUGUCCUUCUUUCAGGGAAUGUUCACUUUCUAUCAUCAAGGUCACGAGCUUUCCAAAGACUUCAAUCACUACAAGAUGGAACUACAGAUCAACAUUCAGAAUACACGGAAUCGAUUUGAGGGAACCCGGUCAGAGGUGGAGGAACUUAUGAAUAAAAUCAGACAAAAUCCCAAGGACCAGAAGCGAGCCAGCCAGUUCACAGCAGAAGGCUACCUGUACGUCCAGGAAAAAAGGCCUGCUCCAUUUGGGUCCAGCUGGGUCAAACACUACUGCAUGUACCGGAAAACAGCCAAGAAAUUCAACAUGAUUCCAUUUGAGCACAGAUCUGGGGGGAAACUGGGGGAUGGAGAGGCGUUCUUUUUGAAGGAAUGCACCAAAAGGCAUAUUGACUCCAUUGACAGGAGGUUUUGCUUUGACAUCGAAGCCGCUGACAGGCCUGGCGUCCCCUUGACCGUGCAGGCGUUUUCAGAAGAGGAGAGGAAGCAGUGGUUGGAAGCUCUGGGUGGAAAAGAAGCUUUGUUCCACACUUUUAAUAGAGCCGUCGUCCCGAGACCAGAAGGAGGUGCACAGUUGGAUAAGAUGGGGUUCACAAUUCUCAGAAAAUGCAUCAGCGCUGUUGAAACACGAGGUAUAAAUGACCAAGGACUGUACAGAGUUGUGGGGGUGAGUUCAAAGGUCCAGAGACUUCUGAGUAUGUUGAUGGAUGUAAAAAUGUGCAAUGAGCUGGACCUGGAAAAUUCCACAGACUGGGAGGUGAAGACAGUAACAAGUGCCUUGAAGCAGUAUCUGAGGAGUCUUCCAGAACCUCUCAUGACCUAUGAGUUACAUAGAGACUUCAUUGUUCCAGCCAAAAGCGGCAGCCCGGAGUCCCGUGUUAAUGCCAUCCACUUCUUGGUACACAAACUGCCAGAGAAGAAUAAGGAGAUGUUGGAUAUCUUGGUGAAGCAUCUAACCAAUGUGUCAAGUCACUCGAAGCAGAAUCUCAUGACGGUGGCGAAUUUAGGUGUGGUGUUUGGACCAACUCUGAUGAGACCACAGGAAGAGACUGUUGCCGCCAUCAUGGAUUUGAAGUUUCAGAAUAUCGUCGUAGAAAUCUUAAUUGAAAAUCAUGAAAAGAUUUUUCGGACCUCACCUGAUACCACAUUGGCUGAGCCCAUGUGCCUGUCAGCGUCACCCCCAAAUGCUCCACCACGACAGUCCAAGAGACAAGGGCAGAGGACGAAGAGACCAGUGGCUGUGUACAAUCUUUGUCUGGAGCUGGAGGAGGGUGAAAGUCCCAGCCCUCUCAAGGAGGAUCCCCCCAGCAGCAGUCAGGACUCGCUGUCCACUCCGUCUCCCACAACUUCAGCUGCCCAUGGGCCUCUUGGACCAGACAGAAACCACCUCGUAGCAGAUGGAGGGAAUUGUGGAGACACCACUGCCAUGACGCCAAGCCAGACCCGGCCAUCCAUGGUGCAGUGGCUAAAUAUGCAAUCUCCAACCACACCAAGCUCCAACCCAGCUGGGACACCUCCCUCGCCCAGGAUGUCACCGUUCCCCCUCUCUCCUGCUGCCUCCAUUGUAGACAAGCUUCCUGAGUGCGUUAUCAAUCGCAAGGCUCGUGCAGUGUACCCGUGUGAGGCCGAACACAGCUCGGAAUUGUCAUUUGAAAUAGGAGCCAUUUUUGAGGAUGUUCAGACCUCAAGGGAACCCGGCUGGCUGGAAGGGACCCUGAACGGCAAGCGAGGGCUGAUUCCACAGAAUUACGUCAAGCUGCUAUAGCUCCUGGCCGUGGGGGCUCCUGCUGAUCCUGGCACCCCCAAGCACCAGCCUGGAAAUAGCACCCAAACGCCACGGUCACGCUUAGGAUCUGCGGUUCACCAUGGGCACUCCAGGGCUGGGGAGGGCACAGAACUUGCCACCUAGGACUGUACAGAUGCGGGCAUGAGCAGAGCAUGGCCGGUAUUCAUUGGUGGAGCAGAUUCUCGUCUGACAGGCACUGGGAAUUGUGAUUUUUAAUUCUCCAGCCCUAAGAACAGAGAGAGGGCAGUCCUUACCAGCAACCUCACUGUCCACACACCCACUGUCGGGUUGGGGGGAGGCGCUGUGCUACUCUCGAAUGUCCAGAGCACAUGUGACCUUGUGGGAGCAAGGGAGUCCCAACCUGGAGGGAAGCAGAGAGAAGCUUCUUCAAGCCUGUGCCUUCCUUCCUGCCUGUCUCUCCUGGCCCCAGGGCCUGCUCACUGGCAGCUGCACUAAACUCCUCUGUGUGCUUCAACAGCCUUUUCCUGGUGCUCACCUGAGUGCUGUUCGCCCUGUGUCACCUUGUGACCACAAGGCCCCUCUGUAAAUGAAAUAAAAUGUAAUUUACUA